ACACCAAAGUGUAUAUGGUGCCUGAGAACCUAGCUAUGUAGCCAGCAAUUUCUGUGAAGUUACUCCAGCCAGCAGCCUUGUCUUCAAGAUGCUGUCCUGAUUCCAGCUAACACAAAGCCCAGGAACAAAUUUUGCUUUCCCAAUAGGCUACCGUCUCCCUUCUUCAAGGAAGGCUCCUUUCAGCCCCCUAGCUACUUCUUUCCUCUACCCCUAUUUCUGACCCCUCUGUUCUAUCCUAUUUAGUAUGUGGACCUUCCUGGGGAGACCUGAAUGCAUCCUGUACUUGUCUUCUGCCUUAUCCGUAAUGGCUCUGAUCAACCGUGACCAGUUACCCAGGCUUAAUCAAAGUCACUUGACUCCUUUGAUGCUGGUGACUCGAAGGGUAGGUUUGAAGGUUGAGGGGUCACAAUUCACACUAGAAGGUUUCCCAUUCCGGAUCAUAUCUGGCACUAUAGACUACUUCCGGAUAUUUAGGCAACACUGGAGAAUCAGCUUGCGGAAGAUGUAUGCCGGUGGCUUCAACACCCUUACCACGCAUGUUCCUUGGAAUCUCCAUGAGCCAGGAGUGGGCCAGUUUCACUUCACUGAAAACUUGGACCUCAUAGCUUUUAUCACUAUGGCUUCAGAGGAGGGACUCUGGGUCAUUCUGUGUCCAGGUCCCUACAUUGGCAGUGACUUAGAUCUGGGAGGCUUGCCCAGCUGGUUACUCAAGGAUCCAAAAAUGAAGCUGCGGACAACUUACAAGGGAUUCACUAGAGCAAUGAAUCGGUAUUUUGAUCAUCUGGUUCCCAAGAUAGCACAGUUCCAGUAUGGAAAAGGAGGGCCUAUCAUUGCCGUGCAAAUUGAGAAUGAGUAUGGCUCCUACUAUAUGGAUAAAAAAUAUAUGGCAUAUGUAAAAACGGCUUUAGUGUCAAGAGGAAUCAGCGAGCUGCUCAUGACGGCAGAUGAUGGUCUGAACCUGAGAAAGGGUCACUUAAAAAACGUGCUGGCCACUGUCCACAUGAAGAAUAUAAAGAGAGAAACAUAUGAAGAGCUCAAAUCCAUUCAAGGUAGAAGCCCUAUACUGAUGAUGGUAUAUACAGCAAAGUCCUUCGACACGUGGGGGGCUCUCCGCAACUUUGGAGAUCCACAAAUGCUGAUGAAGGACGUGAAAGAGAUGUUUCCCCUUGGGUUCUCCUUCAACUUCUACAUGUUCCAUGGCGGCACUAACUUUGGCUUUAUAGGUGGAGCUCAGUCUUCAAAUGGUUAUCUUCCUGUAGUAACCAGCUAUGACUACUGUGCACUGCUGACAGAGUCUGGCGCAUACACACCUGAGUACCGGGUGUUCCAAGAGUUUUUUCACUUUGUUACAGAUGCUCCCACAAUCAUUCCACCAAAAUUUGCACGGAUGGUUGCCUAUACACCAUUAACAGUCUUAUAUUUCAUGACCCUGUGGGAAGUCCUGCCCCAUCUGGAGGAGCCAAUGAAGUCUGGCAAGCCAAUCUCCAUGGAGCAGCUGCCUUUGAACCAAGGGAAUGGCCAGUCCUUUGGGUACACGCUUUAUGAGACUACCAUUGUCAGAGGAGGCCUCCUCACCUCAAAAGGUCAUAUUCAAGACCGAGGGCAGGUGUUUUUGGAUAACAACUACAUAGGAGUCCUGGAUCAUUACAACGAUGAACUACUUAUUGUGAAAAAUACCUCCAAGAAAGGCCAGAGCCUGAGAAUACUGGUGGAGAACCAAGGCCGCCUCAGUUCCGGGCAGGAUAUCAACAAGGAGAGAAAAGGUUUAACUGGAGACAUUUAUCUGAACAAGACUCCACUAAGAAAAUUUACAAUCUACAGCCUGGAAAUGAAAAAUGCAUUCAUACAAACGAAACUCCCUAAGUUGCCUGAGUCCUGGAAAACAGUGACAGGCCAUGUUCUGGGCCCUGCCUUUUUCCUCAGUCACUUGAGAGUUGGAGAUCCUCCCCAGGGCACCUAUAUAAAAGUGAAGGGCUGGGGAAAGGGUGUCAUUUUCAUCAAUGGACAAAUCCUAGGACGAUACUGGACUAUCGGUCCCCAGGAAGCCCUCUAUGUUCCCCACCCCUGGCUUCAUCCUGGUGUUAAUGAGAUCAUGAUGUUUGAGGAGUUGAAAGGUAGCCAAAAGAUUUACUUCAGUGAAAAGCCUGAACUAGGUAUGACAUUCCAAAGGGUCAUUUCAGCUUCUGAGCACUUAUAA